AUGUGGAAUUGUUUCUCACGCUUGAAUCAACAACUACCACGAACAAAUAAUUCAUCUGAAGGUUGGCAUCGAGCUAUAAAAAAUUCAGCACGAAAACAUCCAUCAAUAUACGACUCGAUCAAAGAUUUACAAGUGGAGCAGCACGCGAACUUAAUUACAGGUGAACAAUUGCAAGCUGGACUUGUAAAAUUAAGAAAACGUGUUAAAUAUGAACUUCUUGAUGAACAAUUACAACGAUUUACUUCGACUUUUCAUGUAACAACAAGAGACAUGUAUUUUAAAAGAGCAAGAGCUCUUUUCAAUUUUUGA